GAUUCCUUUAUCUUGUUUGGUCCUGCCUCAUCCCGUUUGAUUACAACCAGUUCUGUUUUUGUGAAGCAGCUUCAAGUGUCAAGCAAGGAUAAAAAUCAAGUCUUUGUUCACACUUUCAAUAAGAAGCCCGAGUUGAGCUCCCAAACUAAUUGGACGGCGUCGGAUUUUUUCCUUGUUGAAGCGUAUAAAAGCAAGGGGAUUUCUCUGUGGUUAAAUCACGGCUCCACCAUCCGUCUUAGGUGGGAAGAACAUACUACUACUGGUUUGGAUAAGCUACAUGGAAUGGUGGUUAAAGGUCAUGCCUGUCUCUCUUUUUUCAUUUUUUUUAGUAUGAAUUUCAGGUUUGUCUCAAGAAUCAUUCUUAUUUCGCAGGAGACGUGAAGUUUGAACAACUACAGGAUUCACAUACGACCUUCCUCAAUUCAAUUUCUCUUCGAGAGACUGUUAAUGGUAAAGAAGCUGAAUACAUGGUCGAGGAAGAUGAUAGAUACCACAUUGGAGUUCUAAACAUGAAUGCAAAGAACAUAAUCUUGACUAUGGAAGUUAAUGUUUCAGCAAAGGUAUAUGAUACCACCAAAGCCAAGAAGAUGUGCUCCACUGAAAAUGGACCUUGUAAGCUCAGUUUUUUCUUCCCAGAUACUCAUUAUGUUAUUCUUACGGCAGCCAACAAUGGAGAUGGGGUAACGUAUGUUGACAUUUCUUUAGUGGCCCGUGUGUUUGUCUACGUAUUACUUCUAGGAGUUAUUGCGAUUGUUGUUUAUCUGAUUCUGAAAAUUCUUGGAGUUUAUGGUGAUGCUGAGCAGCAUAGUCAAGUUACAAUCGAUGUUACAUACAGAACAAGUAAUGUGGUUGCAACACGGGCCGAAACUGAGCCAUUGAUGCGAGGGGAGGAAAAUCGAAUGUCAUAUGGAACAAAUGCAAAAGAUGAUAAACAAAAUUCAGAAGCAUGUAGUAGCUCUUCCUCAGAGGAGUUAUAUGAUGAAAAAUUAUGUUGCAUUUGUUAUGAUGAACAACGCAACAGCUUCUUUGUUCCUUGUGGACACUGUGCCACUUGCUAUGACUGCGCACAGAGGAUUGUCGAUGAGGAGAGCAGAGUAUGUCCUAUAUGCCGAAGGCUUAUUCACAAUGUACGAAGAUUGUUUCCCAUUUAGGCUCACAGACAUGUGUCUUGUAGUGAUGUGAUUUGAGGGAUCAUGUAGAUAGCUGGGAAUUAGACUUUGGGUGUGGGUUUUGUGAAGAGAUUGAAUGAUGUUAUUUUCUAUUUUUUGCAUGAAGCUGCAGGGGAAAUGGGUAACUAUCGUUUCAGCAUAUACUUCGGCUAACUAAGCAACCAAAAAAAAUAGACUUUUCUUA